AUGCCUCCACCUGCGUCCCGCGAAUCAUCCAGAACGCGUCCUUCAUCACGCAACAGUUCCUCUUCCGGUGGGCGAUCAGCGAAUGUCCCGAGAAAUGUUAGCUUUGACCGAAUAGGUGCCGUCAAAGACUUUGAUUACAGCGGUGAUCCAGGCCAUCGCAAACCUGUGGGAUCGAUUCCUCCAGAAAGUGAUUAUGAUAGUGAUGUUAAUGGAAGCUGGAGCGGAAAUGAUAGCCAUGGGAGGACGAAAUCUAGGGGUAGAAGUAGGGGAAGUAGUGGUAAUGAUACUGAUGGAAGUAUGGGUAGCGGUAAUGUUACUGAUAGAAGGAAAAAAAUGCAUAGUAACCCGGACUCGGGAAAUCGUUCAGCUCGGAGUCAUAGUCGGGAAUCACGAGCACCUUCACAAGCGUCGUCAACCCGUUCUAAGAGAGCUGAAUCGCCAGCGCCAGUAUAUCUGUUUGGCCGUGAUGAUCCUUACCGUAGCUUUGCCCCAGAAAGCAAUGAUUUCUCACUUUAUGGUGAAGAGGGAUACGAUAGCGAAAGCGGACGGAAAAAAGAUGAAUCAAAAAGUCGUAAACCCAUCAGACCGCCAUUAGCACCAUUUGAUGGGGAGAAGUACUUGCCAGGUCAGGUGAGUAAGCCUCAAGCCAAAGCGAAACGGAGGACAGUUGAGCAUGUAAAUGUUCAUGCUAAAGAAGAGGUGCCAAUAUUAGAGACGUGUAGUGAUUGGGAGGAGGAACGAAAAAUUGAACGAAAACCUAUCAAGAAAAGAGAGCAAUCACAAGGGUCAAACUCGAGACAUGCAGAACCAGGAUUAAGUCGUCAUCGAAGUGGAGAUGGGGAGAAUUUGAAAGUAAAAUCCCGUUCCGAGCCUAUGUGGCAACCUCCAGGUGGAGAGCAAACAAGAGAUGAAGAUAGAGAUGGUGCGUGGCACAAACGCGGCGGAAAAGUAAGAACGAGAGACCCAGGCCUUGAAGCUAAUAUAAACGGAGGACUAGCUAAUAAAGACGCCUUUCUUGGCCUCCGUGAAGAUUGGUUGAGAAGUGAAACCCAUGCAGAUAAUAUACCAAAUGGGCUGGUAAAUCAGCCGGAGUCGACACCUCAACCUAUCUACGCAAUCAAUAAGAGAGAUCCAGAAGGUAGAAAACAUCACAAGGGUACAGAGCAAAAUAUUCCGCCAGACAAAUUAUUCGAUACACUCGCUGGCCGACCACAGGAGAAAGAGAGGCAGAGGAAGAAGAGUCCAUCAAGGAUUUUCAGAAGCCUUUUCAGAAGCUGA